CAUUGACCACCGGUUCUUACUGAAACACGACGCAGUUACGCUUGAAGCCGUUGUUUACUGGUGAGCGAGGGGUUGCAGGAUACAGGUGGUCCAACUACGACGGGGCAGCUUCGUGGAGUUUUGCCAGCCAUCUUAGCUAUCUGACUACCUACAGACAAACGCAUCCUCGCAUAGAUCACAAAUUCUCCGUUCGAACUAAUUAAGCUCGUUACAAUAGCAGUUUCUGGCCCAUAGAAGUCACCAAUGCGCACAGUAAUCCAGCAAACUACGACUACCCGCACGAAGUUAGGGGAGUUUAAAGCUGGGAGAUGGCGAAAUACCGUUGGAAGGCCUCAUAGACCGCUGGCUCGGUCGCCAACCCUCGGCUCGACGACGGUGCCAUCGCCUAAUCAGCAAAAUGCUUAUGUCUAUGGAAGCACUAUCCGACAAGCCUUGCUCGAGGAGGAGGAAUAUCUAUUAAGAAGCCGCGAGGGCCCCUACCCGCCUGAUGGGCUCUACAUUGAUGAAUACGAGGGACCGGACGACCUGGGCUUUUGGCGAAUGGAGAUUGAGGACCAGGCAGAGUUUAUAUGCAACGAACUGGACCUAACGGAUGACCAGGCUUUGUAUCUCCUCAAUGCUCUCGGGCUUCUACCAGAGGGGGCUUCAACAAGCAACUUCCGCCUAGGCCAGGAGGAGGAGGAGCAGCAACAGCAGGCAUAUGAGCUACACGAGCAUGGGUCGUUGGAGGCACACGCAUUCCGGGGCGUUUUGCCGCCCUCUCAGGACACUCUCGGUGACAUGGGCAAAGCUGAUGACAAAGAGUACGACAUGGCUUCUUCCGGUUGCGUUGCUGCUGCUGCUGCUGCUGCCUAUGAUGAUGAAGACGGAGAGGCAGACGCAGAGCAGCAGGACGCUAGCAACAGCUUCUUGCUUGCGGAGAACUCCUGGCAGCAGCGGCAGCAGCAACAGCUGCUGCGCACGGCCGGGGAUUCUUACGACGACUUCGAAGAAGUCACAAGCGAUGACGACCGGACUGGUAGUGACGAUGAUGGAGAUAUCGCAGAAGAGCAGGGAAGAGGCCUGAAGGAAGGUGGCGGCGGACGGCAUCUGUACGGGCAUCCGUACGAAUCCCACCAGCAGGCACAUGGGCAUCAGCAUGGUGGGAUGUACGGCGGAAGCGGCUACGGCAGCGACUUGGAAGGAUACGGUGGAGGCGCGGAGGAGACCGUUGACUCCACAUCAUUGUACGGCAGUGGCUUCAGCAGCCUAACGCCCGCGCCACACACAGCAGCAGCCACCUCCGAUGGCAGCCCGGCCUUUCAAGUCAGCAUUCGGCCCAACAUCGCAUUGGAGGCGAAACCCUCAGGCCUGAAGGUGGCUCCCGGUGUGCCCGCUCUGCCGUACGACCAGAUCUCGUUUGACCGCGACUACGAGGUCAUCCAGCUGCGGGUCAUCGGGCGGCGCGCCUCCACAGCCGCGGCCUCAGGCGACGAGAUCGACCUGACGCCGGGGAGACUCAUAGCGGGCAGGUACCAAGUUCUGGAGCAGGUCGGGAUGGCGGGCUUCAGUCGUGCAGUACAAGCGUACGACACAUUGGAGCGGCGGUUGGUGUGCCUCAAGGUCGUCAAGAACAGCAAGGAAUGCAUGGACGCGUGUUUAGAGGAAGUGCGGCUGCUGCAGCUGGUCAACGCACGCGACCCACACGACCAGCACCACAUCGCUCGCAUGUACGACUACUUCUACCACAUGGGUCACCUCUUUCUCGUGGUUGAGCUCCUGGGCGGCAACCUGUUCGACACGCAGUGCUACGACCCCACCUAUUUCACCGCGGGGCGGCUGCAAAGCAUUGCGCAGCAGGUGCUACGGGCGCUGGCCUUCCUGCACUCGCACCACAUCAUACACGCGGAUGUAAAGCCUGAGAACAUCCUCGUAAAGAACUACACAAAAUGUGCGGUGAAGCUGAUCGACCUGGGCUGCUCCAUCUACACCUCCGAGGCGCCCCGAAGCCACUACGUGCAGAGCAGGUCCUACCGAGCACCCGAGGUGAUGCUAGGCCUGCCGUACGACGGCAAGAUCGACGUUUGGUCUCUGGGCUGUGUGAUGGCUGAGCUGGUGUCGGGGCAGGUGCUGUUCCCGCACAUGAGCGAGGCCUCCAUGAUAGCCCGCUUGGUGGGAAUGCUGGGCCCGCUGCCGCCCCACAUGCUGCGCGAGGGCACCUACGCCGGGGCGUUCUUCACGCGCUCGGGCUGCGUGUACGAACGCAGCGGCGACUCGGGGCUGUUUGAGCUCCUGGAGCCCAAGCGCACCAGCCUGCAGGCCCGCCUGACCGCCUCUGCUGCUGCUGCUGCCGACCGGGGCCUGUCCUCCGCUGCCACUGCCGCCGCUGCCGACCGCGGGUUGCUCCACUUCAUCCGACACCUGUUGGUGUCCGACCCCGCGCGGCGGCCCUCCGCACACCAAGCGCUGAAACACCCCUGGCUGCAAUACCGCUACCGCAGCCCCAAGUGAGGUUGACCCUGAUGAGGAGGGAGGUGGAGGGACGGUGUGGCCGGCGGCGGGGGCGGCGACGGUGGGGAGGACGGAGAGGGUGCAUGAGCCAUGGGGAUAAAUAACGGGCUAGGGUGUUUGCAGCAUGCAUGGCACGUUGCAGGGCGAUGCAGGAUGUGGGGAACGGCCCAGCGCUGGGGGUUACGAUGGUAUGCAGGUGUCGCUCGUCAUCAGGUGUAUGCGCAGGACAAGUAAGCUGCUGCCCGCUGUGAUACAUGAGUGCGUGUACGUUACCGUAAUGCUAAUCUGUAUUUUAUCUCCACCACCUGCUCUAGCCUCGCCAAUUAAGGGAACUGUUGCUCCGGCUAGUUGGCUAGCCAAUGCAGUACAGUGCAGUGCUGAGCUAAGGUGUGGUGUAUACAUAGCACGUGGGCGGAUGCGUGUACUUUCACUAGUAGGUGAUGAGUAAGUGAGAGGGCAUGUGUACAUUCUGCGCAGUGGGAAGCUGCCGUACGUUAUCGUUGUUGCAUGUUGGGGUAAAUCACGCACCUGCCACAACCAUUGCUUAUCAAUCAGGCCAUGGGACGUUACGGAGAGAUGCCUGACAUGUUACAGGUUGUUGUAGGCUGUGUGGCAGGGUAUGCAUGUAGCAAGCAACAACACUGCGUGUAGUCGAUGUAAAACCCUGUGGGCACGUGGUAUGGUAAUACCACUGAGUCUCAAGGUUAGGAUUAACAUUGACUAUGGAUGAAGGCCGCGUCACCAUAGGCGUCAUGGUGUGUAUGAGGGUGCCCGGGGGGACGAGAAGAGCAGCAUUGCAUGCAAGCGUGUGCAUGCAGAUGCAUUCUACGCAGGUUUGGCAACUGACGAUCGAAUUGCAAGCAGGGGUUAAGCUGCUGGUUGAUUAGUUGGGGUUGGGGCUGCCGUGCUGCAAUCCAUCCUACCUAACACAUGCAUGCAUGACCGGGGACCUGAAUAUGGUUUGAAAUUGAAUGCACUUGUGUGUGGCCGUUUGGCUGGGUAGCAAUAAGCAAUUUGUGGGUGGGCUUCACGUUAGUGUAAAUAGAGGUGUAGUAGAGGUUAUGUAUAAGGUCAAUCGUGGAGGUAGAUAGGGUUGUUUUGCAAUCGCAUACAAUGUUACAAUCGCAUUGCUCUCAGUAGGUGGCGGUGGUGAACUGUGGGUUUGGCUUGUGGCUUACCAAGACCGGCUGGGUGUGCAUAUAGAGUCUUAUUAUCUUUACCUUGACGAGUUGGCGAGUUGAACGACCGUCUGAGAGUAUGAAGUUAUACGUACGGCUGACCGGCUGAUGAAGCUGGUCCCUGGUUGCAUGCUGCCGCUAGGUAGUUGCGGUGCCCUGGGAUGAAAGCUCAUGUUACCGAGGUAUGCGCAAGUGCGUUUGUUAUGCAACGCUGAGGUAUUGGAGCCAAUGCAUACAUGGGAGUGAAGUAAGUGGGCUGGGGUUUCCUAUUUUUGGUGAGGAGUAGAUGCCUUGUCUUCUUCCCCUUUGCUUCAUAAAGCUGCCGUGCCCUAUGGUUGUGCAUUUCACGGCUGGCGCUAGACUUUGUUCCACAGGGCAAAUACAAGUACAACAAUGUGGGCAGGUGCCGCGGUGCGGCACACUGAUCGAAGACAAGCAAGGGUUUCAGCUUCUUCAGAGCGGGAAAGGAGCCCCUCCUGCUCAACACUGGAACGUUUUAUGAUCAUUGGAUUGUCACGGCAUGCGCUCCUGUGACUCCAUGGCACCAGUUGCCCUAACACACCUAUAACGCUGAACACCCGCACCGUAAAGCCCAGACAUGUGACGUGGGCGUUGUGGGUAUGCAUGGCUGGCAGGGAGGCGGGUCACAUGGCCGCAUGCAUGCGCAGACGGCUAAGAUGCAGGUCCUUUAGUCCUUUGCGCUUGCCCAUGCACGCGCAGAGUGCGGCAGCGGCCAGGUCGAAACUGCUCGGUGCAUGCGUGGAUGGACGGCUGGGAGAUGAGUGCUAACCGUGUACUAACAAGCCAAAACCGCUAGCAUCACAAAGUAUGACGGUGCACAUGCUAUGGCGUGACAGCUGUCACGCCCUAACGUGUGACAUGGAACAAAACAUGUGCGUAUGGUUGACUCCCCCCCAGCGUGCGACCCAGAUGUGGGACGCAAAGCUGGUUGAGUGGUGAUGAUAACUACUGCCAUAUGUCUCCUGGCCCCUCCUUUCGCUGUUGUUGGCAUGCCGUAUGUGGUCGAGCCGAUCCCUUUAAGGAGACUUGGAUGC